AGAAUAUCUCCGACUGACUGUUUCCAAGGAGACCAUCGAUACUAACUGAUCGCUGGUCAGUGCCGAGAGGCAAAGACCCACAAGAUGUCAUUUUUAUUUGACUGGAUCUACAGGGGGUUUAGUAGCAUUUUACAGUUCUUAGGUCUUUACAAAAAGAAUGGGAAGCUGGUUUUCCUGGGCCUGGACAACGCCGGUAAAACAACACUGCUGCACAUGUUGAAAGAUGACCGACUUGGCCAACACGUACCCACACUGCAUCCAACAUCUGAGGAGCUGACCAUCGGUGGCAUGACAUUUACUACAUUUGAUCUGGGAGGUCACGUACAAGCUCGAAGAGUUUGGAAGAACUACCUGCCGGCUGUGAAUGGAGUCGUCUUUCUUGUAGACUGUGCAGAUCACGACAGACUCACAGAAUCCAAAACUGAGCUCGAUGCUCUGCUAGCAGAUGAAACCAUAGUCAAUGUACCAGUGUUGGUGUUGGGUAAUAAAAUUGACCGUCCUGAGGCCAUCAGUGAAGGAGGACUGAGAGGAGCUUUUGCUCUCGAUGGUCAAGUGACAGGAAAGGGAAAUGUCUCUUUGAAGGAGCAGAACAUUCGACCACUGGAGAUUUUCAUGUGCAGCGUGUUGAAAAAACAAGGCUACGGGGAAGGUUUCAGAUGGUUAUCACAGUAUAUCGACUGACGACACGAAGGACUGAAGCUUAAGCAGAGGGGAUUUUCUUGACACAUUUUCUUGAAACGUGACAAAGAAUUUUGUCUCUUUGCCAGUGUCAGUCAACCCAAGUUCCAAAUCAUAUUAUUAAGAGCAUAUUAAGACCAUAUUCUUUUUAAUCCUUAAAGCGUUUAUUCAGGGUUUAAAGGUUUCUAUGCAAACUUUUAAAAGUGGUUCAUGGUGAACUGUCCUACUUGUGUUAUAUAUGUGAGAGUUAACUCAGUUGUCCGACUGCAUGGCAUGUUAAUUAGAUCAUAUGUGAUUAUAAUACACGUGCAGCCAUACUUUGUGUAAGAAUGUAGAUAUGUCAGUGUUGCAUUAUUUAUUAUCUAAUAGACCAACUGCUUGAGUUGGAAUUUAUGAAGAAGUGAGUGAUGUAAAUGAUGGUCUCAAAAUGACUGUGGUGGCUCAUUUAUUGCUUGUCUGACAUCAGAUUAAGAGAGUCGAAUUUAGAUUUAACAGCUAAUUAGACAAAUAACAAAAUGCAGAAGAUUAAUUUUAGUUCAUUUAAUCUAACAAUGCGCAGACACCCACCUUCAAAUUACAUAGCCACAGAUGUAUGCCAGUGACUUUGGGAUUAGCAGGGAGAGAGACUGAACAAAAGAUAUGUUCCAGGCUGAGUACUGAGCCAAAAUAACAUCAAAUCCCCUUUAGAACCCAAAAAAGGAGAAAAGACAGCACGUCUCUCAAACAAGGGCAAAGAUGAGGAAGUAAAGUGAGUCAAGCUGAACAGCUCACUGAUGAGUGUGUUGUGAUUAAUGUGCUGCUCACUUUCAGUGUCUUGAUAGAAUUUGCUUCUUCAGUUUUGCUCUGAGAGUUACAUCUUUUGCUAAAUGCAUUGACCCAAAGUCGUGUUACAUGUUGCGUUGAAGGCAGCUAAGUUAACGUGUGCUACUUGGACUGAAAGGAGUCAUUAUUAUCUUUUACUUUGGGAUGUUCAUAGAGAAUUUUUCUGACUUUAAUUGGCUGCCCUUGCUUUAUUAUAGUGUGGAUGCUGUAGUAAUGCAUUUCCCUUGAAAUGUCAGGAAGCAAUAAAGAAGAAUGACUAACUGUAACUGUAGCAAAGACAGUUUUACUCCACUGUAUUUGAGAGUAGGAAGGAGUACACAUAGUUCCAAGUCUGUUUAUUGAAAUCUGUUCAUCAUUAACUAAUACUGCAUAAAAUACAGUGUCUCAUUUAUCUGCGUAGUAUUGGUUACAAUCUUACUUGCAUUUAGCAUGGCUGAAAGUCCAGCAAUAUUUUAAAUGAGAGACUAAAAUUAGUAUUUAAUUUUUUUUGGGUUAUUUAUUCCUUUAUUCUAGAGCCUGAGCAAUAUAUCUGCAUGUAAUCCUCAUGUAGGCUUUACAACAUUAACAGGGUUGAAGUGGUGCAGGUAAUGUACUUUUUGACUAUCUGAAGAGAUAUGAGAGUGCAUUUGUAAACAUUAAUAUGCUAACCUGUAAAUUACUAUUCUAAUCUUAUCUAGAUACUUAAAUAUUUCUGUUCUUUCUGUCUGUGGAUGUAAACAUACAUUUUUAUAAUGACAUGUGAAACUGUAUCUUCAUCAUUAGAAGCUGGAAAUAGAUAAUGAGAAACAGAAGCAUGUGAUCGCUGAGCCCCGUUCGCUGUUUUCUGCAUCCCAUGUUUACAGGGUGAUGUUCUGAGUAUUAGGUUCUUCUCCUUUGAACAGUUUUCCCUACCAGUCACUGAACUCCUGUAAAUUAUGUAUGAUACAGAUGUAAAUGUUUGUACAGUAAAUGCCCUUU